CGUGGACCGUAAGAAAGCAGGGCGCCGGGACUCAGACCAAGAUCCAUUCAAUGCAAGAUCAGUGGUUCUAGGGUAGAUACGACAUUUGCCGCUAUGACGACGCCAAAGCCUAUUUUGUAUUCCUACUUCCGCAGCUCCUGCUCCUGGCGGGUCAGAAUAGUGUUGGCCCACAAGAGUAUUGAUUAUGAGUACCGGCCAAUUCACCUACUCAAAAAGGAACAGGUGAGUGAUGAAUACACCAAGGUGAAUCCCAUGGGCCAGGUCCCAGCACUGAUCGUAGAAGACAAGAUGUUGACCCAGUCGAUCAGCAUCAUGGAAUAUCUGGAAGAGACUUACCCUCAGAAUCCACUGCUACCUAAGGAACCUUUACUUAGAGCUAAGGUCCGGGAGAUAUGUGAGGUGAUUGGCUCAGGCAUUCAGCCACUGCAAAACCUGUCUGUACUGCAGAAGAUUGGGGAUGAGAAGAUGGAAUGGGGGCACUACUACAUAAACAAAGGAUUUUUUGCUUUGGAGCAACUACUGGCUGGGUGUGCAGGAAAAUACUCAGUGGGAGAUCAAGUGACAUUGGCUGACUGUUGUCUUGUCCCUCAAGUUUACAAUGCUAACAGGUUCAAGGUAGAUAUGUCCCAGUUCCCCAUCAUCAGCCGGAUCCAUGAAGCACUUAACAGCGUAGAGGCCUUUAAGGCUGCCCAGCCCUCCAACCAGCCUGAUUGUCCAGAGGAUCUCAAGUAAUGGUGCACUGUAAUGUGUUUAUGGACCUACAUUCAGGCCCCAGAGUGUGCACAUUUGAUUCAACAUUCAAGAAAGAAAUGGUCAUUGCCACAUCCUGAGGAGUAAACACCUUUCAAGGAUGGACUUUUGGGAAUCACAUUUAACUUCAGAGCAUAUAAAAUGCAAAAUUUAUCUGCUGUUCUUUUUUCUGUGUAACCAAGCAAAAAAUUGUUUGCUGUGCUUGGAGAAGGGGUGGGGGGUGGAAAAGACAGCCAUAGCAGUAAAAGGGUUAGUAGUGAAGGUCUGUAGAACUGAGGUCACUACUUACAUAAUGUAAGUAUUACUUCCAGUAUCCAAUUUCUUGACAUCAUUGCACCUCUCACUGUAUUGGUGUACACUGCUUGGAGCCUCUUUUUAUGUAAAAUUAUUUUAAGGCCUAAUCCGACUAUGUGACAAUCAGAACCUUAAGACUGUCAGAUCCCAUUAAGUACUGUAUUUCCUCAUAUUUAGUUUGAUCUCAAAUAUAGAUUUGUGACCAGAAAACUAGUAAUUUAUGGUAAACCUUGUAUACUGAUAGACCACCCAUAUAUAGGGCAGCAACCUGUAAAAUCUACCUAACAAAAAAUCAAUUCACCUUGGGGUGCUGUGCUGGUAAUGGAAUGACAGGUUAUAAUAUCAAAUCAGAGAGAGAGAGAGAGAGAGAGAGAGAGAGAGAGAGAGAGAGAGAGAGAGAGAGAGAGAGAGAGAGAGAGAGACCUGCUCCUCCUCCAUUGUUUAACAAGAUGAUUAAGGUGUGAAAUAUUUCUCCUCUAUGUGGGCACACACACACCUGUAUCAUUCAUGUUUUGUUUAUACUGCUACUACUACUAAUAAUAAUAGUAAUAAUGAUAAUACAUUAUUAAUAUCAUUAUUAUAUAAGGUUAGUAAUUUUCAAUAUGAAUAAAUAUUUAGCCUCA